AUGCAUUCAAUGAUCACCAUUGCUGUUGUUUUAAUGGCCGGAAUCGCCGUUGCUAUGGCUGAUGGUUACGGGUCAAGCGGCUACGGAUACGGUAGUAGCGGCUAUAUGUCCUACCCUAGCUAUGGAUCUUACGGAUAUGGAAAGGGUUACGGAAAGAAACACAUCACUUCUGCUGUGUAUUACCCAGUUCCCGUCCCUUUCCAACAGCCCGCCCCCGCUCCCCUUCCUCUACCCCCAAUCGGAAUGGAUACCGGUAUUGGUGGGGGUAAUGAUGGCGGUCUCCUCGGGGGAAGCGGCAUCGGACUCCUUGCUCUUCUAUUCCUGAUUCCCUUACUCUUGAACAACAACACUACUGGUUAAAAUGCCACGUGACUUAGUCGUCAUUGAAGUGAACGUCGUGAAGAUAUUAAUUUUCGGUAAAGACUUCUGGUCUAGUGUCGUCUGCUUAUGUUAGGUUGUU